AUGCAGGUUGACAAGAUCCCAGAUUUCCUUGCGGAGAAACGAGGGGAAGCUCUUGAUGAAUCCCAGUCACUGCUUUUACAAGUUGAAGAUUUUUGGGAACGAAAACUAUGGCACCAGCUCACAAAUGCUCUGAUAGAGUACUUUUGUCUACCGGAGAGCGCGCCCCAGAGGCUGUCCUUUUUCAAAAAUUUCAUCCUUACCUUUUCAGACAAGAUAAAUCAGCUGAAAUUUGUAACACUGGGCCUGAUGGCAUCGACACAGUGCAGUGAUGACCAAGAGCGACUCUCCUUCCUAGCUUCAUUGGCCAGCAAAGUUGAUAAACCAGAGUCAAAAGAUGCCCACGUGUAUGCGAUUGCAGACGUUGCUAGUGUUAAACUACGGUUAAAGGACUUUGAGGGAGCUCGAAAGGAUCUCGAUGCUUCACAGGCAGUGCUGGACAUGUUCGACUCCGUCGAGAAUGUAGUCCACGCAGCGUUUUACAAAGUAAACGCAGACUACUAUCAUGCGAAGCUUGAAUUUGCUUCAUACUACAAAAAUGCUCUCCUAUAUUUAGCGUGCAUUGAUUUGCAGUCUUUGGCACCGGAACAUCGUGUUGCCAGAGCGUACGACCUGAGCGUUGCAGCUCUAGUUUCUGAUACCAUUUACAAUUUUGGUGAACUAUUGCUUCACCCCGUCCUGGAUGAGCUAAAGGGUACCCCUCAUGCCUGGCUUCGGGAGUUGCUUAUGGCCUUCAACCGAGGCGACCUUAGUGCGUAUGAUGUACUGGCCGUAAACAUGGAUAAGAACCAGUUGCUUCAGCAACAUAAGGUAUUCUUAUAUCAGAAGAUAUCUCUUGCCGCCCUCACCGAGAUGGUCUUCCGCCGACCACCUCACAAUAGAAGCAUGACCUUUGCCACCAUAUCAGAGGAAACCAAAGUUCAACCCAAUGAAAUUGAACAUCUGAUCAUGAAAGCCCUCAGUCUGGGUCUCUUGAAAGGCACAAUUGACCAGGUUGCACAAAUAGCACACAUCCACUGGGUACAGCCAAAGGUCCUGGAUAUGACUCAAAUCGAAGGAAUGCGCACGAGACUACGUGAAUGGGAUGCUGGAGUUAACCAGCUCGGCCACUGGAUUGAAAGUGUGGGGAAAGAUGUCUGGGCUGCAUAA